UUACUUUUAACAUGUACAUUGACUGGAUGAAUCAUGGUGAAUGGGUAGAGAUGAAUUAAAUUUCUUUUAUUUGUGAUUCGCUUCAUGGUUUUGAUACAUUACAUAGACAGAUAAGUAGUUAACCAUUUGCUGUAAAGAACUGUCAACUGGCUGGAUGUUUUAAGCGGCAAUUUACCGCAAUAUUAAAAUUUUGCGACGGCAUUGCUGUCGAAAUAAAUUACAAACAUGGAUAUUUUACCAAGUGGGAAUAUAUUUCGAGAAUUACAAGUAGUGCACGACACUGGCUACUUUUCUGCUCAAGCAUCACUGGAGGACCGUUGGCAACAGAAUUGCCUGGAGAUGGAACGGUACCUGAAAAACGAGCCAAAACUUACAUCUUUCAAAAAACUCAAGGAUGCAAAAUUAGAACCCAGGCAGGCAUGGGUAGACUCAAAUCCGCCUACUCCGUGUUCAUCAGUGGAUCAGGAAAAUUCAGAAAACUUGACAGGAUUAAAUGAUGAUAAUGACGAUUUAUUAAUUCCAGAACCGCUCCUCAGUGAUGGAGAGGAGGAUGAUGAUGAUCUAGCUGAAACCGAAUCAGUUGAUCGUCUUGCAGAGUUAGCGCACCUGAAUCUAAAUGAUAGAACUGCAGAUAAUCUUAGUUUAAAUAGCUUUAGUUCCUCAAGUAGUGGCGUUUCAUGGGAUUCAAACAUGUCAGACCCUCCUCUUUCACCAAUUCAGCCGAAAUCCAACGAUCCAUUUGCGUUACGACUUGUAGCGGGACCAGGUCGUACACACAUGGUUCAAAUGCGUGUUCAUUCAGCCGACGUUUUACAUAAGCAACAGCGUCUGCUUGUACCAGGACAUAGUGCUAAUCGUUCACGACCUUACACCACUCAAAAUGUAGGUCAAGGACAAAUCCAAGGUCAAACAUUGACACAAAGACCCCCUUUGCCAAGUUCAGUUCGCCAGUGUGAUAUGAGUCCAGAUUCAAAAAGGAGAAACCACAAGUGUCCAUAUAAUGGAUGUAAAAAAGUGUAUACAAAAAGUUCUCAUCUCAAAGCACAUCUGCGAACACAUACAGGUGAAAAACCAUAUUGUUGUAGCUGGGAAGGUUGUGAGUGGAGGUUUGCAAGAUCAGACGAGCUUACACGUCACUACAGAAAACACACAGGGGCCAAACCAUUCCGCUGUCGAUUUUGUGACCGGUCGUUUAGCCGGAGUGAUCAUUUAGCUCUUCACCUCAAAAGACACGCAACAUCAGACUUGUAAUGUGAUCUUAAUUAGGACUCCUUUUUUAAAUUGUUCAUACAUUUCCAUUAAAAAAGUUUCAUGGAAACUGUGUAAUCAAAAACUGACAUGUUUUCUGAUGAAAUGAAGUGACGAAAAUCUUAUAAUGUCCACGGAUGUUCAUGAUUAUUGUUAUUUUCUUUCGAGGUUGACUUCAUCAGUCGUAAACUGUUGUCUCCUACAAGACUAUUGCACUAAUGUUUAUUACACGCGUUACAUAUAAUAUAAUUCAUAUGGUAACGUGUAUUCAAAACUGUAAUGUGAUAUACUGUAUGUGACUCAAAACCUAAUCAGGGCCAUCACAUGACCCUUUAACCUCAGCACAUAUGUGUCUCGUCUUGUUUUGCGAUGCACCGACUUAAGGCUUUACGAUUAAUGUUCAGUAAAACAAUCAAGCACUAUGGUGAGCGUGCAUGUUCGUUUGUGAGCUUUGACUUCAUUUAAUGCCAGUAACGGAAAGAAGUGUCAGUAAUUAGUAUCCGUUAUUAGUAGCGGAUAAUUUUAGUGGCGUGUGCAUUAUAUACGGAUCGUGUGAUAUGGAACGAUUAUUAUUUUCAUGAUUAUUAUCUCUUUAUUAUUUGCUAUGCGUUAUUAAAUUAAGCAAAAAAAAACUUUAUUUAAAUUCCAACCAAAGCAUUUGUGAUAGAAGGACUUGAACCAUUGCAAAGGUGGCUCCGAAAAUAAAUGUCAAGAAAAACCGUCUGCAGUGAUGUGACAACUUCUUCAACCCCGAAGUGUGAAACAGCAACUUCCUUACAAAGAGAUACACCAAACAUUCUAAGAUUCAAGAUUCAUGAAAAUACAAUAUAGAAAAAACAUCUUUAUAGAAUAUUCCUUGUUUUAGAAAUGCUGUUACAGAAAUUUCUUAUAUUUUUUCAUCAUUUUUAAUACACACUUUAAAAGGAAAUGAAAUUGAAUUACAUUUAUGAAUUUAUAAUAUUUUUUCUUAAUAUUAAUUUUGUUUAAAUGAACAAAAUAACAAAUGUCAUUGCAUGUAAUGAAACAAAGUUUAUCUGCUUUUCUACUUCUAUUAUAGUUUAUUUACUUUCUAAAAUUACCUAUAUUAUAUAUUUUAUAAAAGGACUGGUUCCUUACUAUUAUUGGGCAGUUGAUGCAAUUAUAUGCAAAAUUUUGGAAGGAAAAGAUCUGAACAGGUUUUGUAAGACAUGAUUUGAUUGGUUAAUCACAUGUUGAUUAUGAAUCCAUGCAACUUUUGUAUUUAUUGAACUAUCAUGGAAACCACUAUGCUGUAUUGUUAAAACAGAUGGUUCCCAUUUCUAAUUGACACUGCAAUGUCUUGAUAAAACUUUAAAUGCUGGAAACAAGUGGACUGGUUCUAAAUUUAGUUUUUUACCAUGUAUAAAGUCUACAUUGUAUACUGAAAAAAAUGAGAACCAGUUCACAGCAAUAGCAUAAUGAAUGGUCCCCAAUUCAUAAGAUGUAAUACCAGGAACCAGUGAAUGGCAUAAUCUUUUUUGAACCUCUUAAAUUUACAGGCUUGCAUUACAAAAUGUUUUUUAUAUACAACUUUUUGCUAAAACUAUUACAUCAAUUUACAAAUGAAAGAAAAAAGCAUAGACAUGUAAGAGAUUGUAACAGAGGUCAAGGUCGAAGUCAAGGUCAUACAGUCCGAAGUCAAGGUCAUACAGAUAAUCAUGUAGAAAAAUUGUUCCGAAUGACAUUUCUGUCUCGUAUUCUCUUUUUUUCAUGUUUAUUUGCUUCUUACUUACUCUCAAAUAUGUUUCCAUAGUAACCAACACAAGAUUUUUUUUUAGAUUGUGAAAUUCAACUAUAAUUUUUGUAUUUAUUUGAAUGUAUAAAUUUGCUUGCUUGUUUAAAAACGUUUAUAAUUUUAAAAAAAAUAAGUUUAUUACUUUUAGUUGAUAAUGAAAUUUGCUAAUUUAUUCAGACAUAUUUCAAAUGAUAAAAUUUUGUCAAUUUUUGUUUUUUUAUCAAGAAUGAUUGAGAUUUUAAAAAAAAACAACAAAAAACAAAAAAACUUUCUUUUCUUUUUAAUCUUACUUGGACAUAUAUUUGAAAGUAAGGUCUUGAAAAGGCUUUUUGCUUAUUUCUACAUUUAUAACCUUUUUUAUUUCAUUAAAUUUUCUUCAUAAAAUUUAUGUAUUAUAUUACUUGGGGUAAAAUACAGUAACCAUUAACCAUUAUGCUACAAAUGUACUCGUCGUCUAAAACCAAUACUUGCACAAGUUAUCAAAAUAUGGCACAUAAUUAUACAUGUAGUAUAUACCAUGUAUUGAAAUUCAUUAUCUAUAUAUAUAUUAUACAAUCUUUAUUUUAAAAAAAAGGUUUUGAAUAUAAACUGUAAACUGUUUUCGGUUAGAUAUUUGAAAACUUAACUGGCAAUUCUGAGAUUCGAAAUUUCAAAUUGUCCGGGUUUUUUUUUUUUAUAUCCGUAUAUUAAUCCUAUAAUACAAGGUGUAAUUCUAGCUGGUCAUGUUAACUUUUCUUUUCAUUUUGUUGUACUUUUCAUUAUUAUUUGUUUCUAUGACGACAAAUUUAGAUAUUAUGUAAUGUCUGUGAUAAAUUUUGUAUAGAAGUGUUAUUCUUUUGUUUUUUUGCAAAUUAUAUAAUAAACAAAAACACCUUACUUGUGCAUGUUCUGUGAAUGCAUGCUAUUCUGAUAUCUUAUUUCUAAGCUUUUUCUCUAGUAUGAAAUAUGUUUUUUGAAGAUUAUAUUACCUUGGUGGUAACUAGCUGAUUUUUAAGACCUAAGUACAUUUAUUUACAUGAAAGCCGAAAGCACUAGAUUUUUGCUGACUAAAUUCACUUGAUUUGACAAUUAUGAAAUAAAAUAGUUGUCUGUUACUAGGAAAUUCUUUUUUCCUUUCCGGUUUGUAGUUUUAAUAAUUCUUUAACAUUCUGUAGAAGGUAACAAAAUGUACUUACCAGCACACAUAUUCAGUGCAAGUUUCAAUUGUAUUUCGAAUUUUAACAGAGUUAUUGACCCUUUUAAAAAAAGACAAGUACAAAAAAGGUGGGCGAUCUGAGUUUGAUUCCCGGAUGGUGCAGGUGACUGGUUAUAUUACUAAAGAUGUCAUUUUGUUUUUGCAAAGUCAUUUAAUUUUAUCUAUAUUUAAUUCGCUGUAACAUUCCUUUUUUUGUAUUUCGUAUGUUUUAGCACUCGGAACUGCCGUAACUGUUAUUUUUUUUCUGACUUUUCAAGAAAGCUGUCUGUCUUGUUUUUUUUUCUCUAUGUUAGUUUUUUGUUUUUGUUUAUAAGACAAAGUAGUUCACUGAAAUUACUGAUAGAAGUGGCGUUCAUUCAAUAACCAUAACAACAACAACAACAAAUCAUACAUACAUGUACAUCUUUUAACCUGGUUGUUUGUGAAAGUAAAAUUUGUAAUUCAUUUUUUACUAAACAUUGUUCUAAAGAUUGUAUUCCCCCUAUUUUCUGAAAUCAAAUACAAUUUACUAUGUUGUUAACAGCAUAAAAAGUUUAAGUCAUGACUUGCCAUUAUUCGAAGUAGUAAAAAGGGGGGAUAAUUUAAAAGUUAUUUCCCUUUAAGAAUUUUUAAUUCAAUUUAGCACUAAAUGCAAGUGACUUCUACAAGUUAUAUAUAUCUUGACUUGUGCAACAUAACAUCCCUUUGACUCUUGGUAUCGUAUUUUGAGCCUAAUAUAAACUCGCAAAACUUUUGCUGUUCUACAUUAGAUUAUUAUGCGUUUUGAUAUUUUGCCAUUCUAAUUUUUGUAAGUUUUUUUUCCCCUGUGUUAUACCUAGUUCAUCUGCUGACAUUUUCCGUGCCUUUGUCCAUGCUUUUACAUACUGAACACCUUGAAUCCUGACAAUGACAAUUUGUUUGUGUUAAUUGGAAUUGUUUUGAUAUUUCCUAAUUUAUAUGAUAUAUUUUAUAAAUAUUAUAAUAUACGUACCAACAGGCCUGUAUGCAGUAAAAUUGUUUAACAUUUCGAUGAAAACUGAUUUGAUUUUCGAAAAAUGAGUUUUACAUAUAAGUUAGGCAACAUAUUCAGCCGUCUGUCUAUAAGGGCUUAUCUGUUAUUGAGGUACAACAAGCUGAAAAUAUGCAAUUUUAAAAUGGCGUCCGCUUUUCUUCUAUUUAAAAUCAAAGGAAGGAAAUUACCUGCCAUGUUUUGCACAUUGUCCUAAGAUAAAAGUGAAAUGAAGUUUUUUUUUGCAGUCUGUUCCAGCACAGUAACAAUUAUAUAAAAAAACUAGUUUGGUAAACAUGUGCACACAGUUAUGUUACAACGCUCCAGAACAUUUUAACUAAAGAAAUCUGAUGAUUAUUUCACAGUGUAUUUCCAUUGUCAUUUGCAUAAUAUUGCUUGCCAGGAAAUAUAACUUUGCCAAAUAAGACCUUGGCAUUGAAAGUUAACUCCUUAAGCACUUCACAUGCUCUCUUGUUGAUGAUCACAUGUUGAAGGUCUUUUUCCCCCUUUCAUAUGGUUAAUUGUUUUGUAAGAAAAUUCACUGAGUAAGAACAGGUUACUCCCUACAAAAACAAAAUCACCAAUCUUG